AGUAUGUGUUUGGACUAGGCUGUUUACGUUAAAGCAAUUAUUAAAGUCAAUCACUUUAAAACUCCCUUUUAUUAGUAAAAGAUAUUUCCUCAGAAUUUCACACAUUAAUACUUGGUGUAUUAAUCAAAUGUUGAUUAAUGUUAUUAUUAGUAUGAAGUUUUAAACAGCAACUUUAUGCUGGCUCUAAAAGCAAGUCAAUGUUUAAAUGCCCAACGUUACUACAGAAGUAACCUGUUUACAAUUCCCCAGCAUACCGAAAUGAUGUACUCACCAAAAGUUUGGUGAACAUGAAGAAAGGAAUUGUAAUACUUCAAAACAGUCACAUUUAGCUUUUUUUUUAAAUAAACUACAGUUAAGUGUUGUUUCAAAGCCUGUAAAACAAUGAAUGGGUGUUUAUGCUUCCUGAUGACCUAUUUAUUUUUAAAUUGAAACGAAUCUAUGGUGGAAACAGUGUUGAGUUUUCAAGAAAUGAGGAAGUGGUUAUAAUUAUGUAUAGUUGAGAAGUUUAAUCAAGAUAAAGAAUCCUCGCUGCAGCUCUCAGGAAGCAGUGUUUCACUCAUUUGUCAUACUUGGAGGGUCAAAUAUUUUUGGAGUUUGUAUUGUAAGGCAGAGAUGACUUUAGACUAUGAAGAUAUCCCCGAUGCUUUGUCCAGGAAAACAAAACUCUUCAGAGUGGUUGUUGUUAGCUUCGGACUCCUGUGUGUCCUGCAAGGUGCUCUCAACAUUUCCCUGCGUCUUUCUCUCUACAGGAAGCUGAGUACUUUUGAUCAUUACUCCCAACAAGGAUGGAUGUAUUUCAACCACAGUUUCUAUUACAUUUCUGCUAUUCAAAAGUCCUGGCAGGAGAGUAGAGAUGACUGUCAGCAAAGAGAUGCAGACCUGAUAAUUAUCAACAGCAAAAAUGAAGAGGAAUUUGCGAGGCGCUUCAAGCAGCUCACAUGGAUUGGACUGAUUGACAGAGAGUCAAAUGGGACUUGGAGAUGGGUGGAUGGGUCUGCACUGGAGACAAGCUAUUGGCACGAUGGGGAGCCCAACAAACACGAAGGCAAAGAUGAAGAUUGUGGGGAAAUAAAGUUCUAUGAAAAGGAAAACAGCUGGAAUGAUGUACAAUGUAAACUGCAAAAAUUCUGGAUCUGUGAAAAGUUGAUGGCUGUAUACUCAUGAGAACCAAAACCCACAAGAUUUGAAUCAGUAAGCUGCGGGGGAAGCGCUUAUCAUCACGCCAACAUGCAAACACAUAUUGUGCAAGACAGGCCUCUGUAGUUUUUUCUUUUUACAUUUUAGCGCUAUUUCUAUCCAUAAACAUACAUGGAAUGUUAUAAAUGUUGUUAUGUCUUUUAGAUCGUUAAAUGGCUUUAGUUUUUGGGAAAAACAUGCAGUUACCGCAUAAUGUGUCAAGAGGUUUUUCAAACAUACAGUUAAAAUUAUUUUGUAAAUCCAUGUUUGCCCCACUGAUUUUUUUGUAUAUAGUAGGCCUACCCUCAAGAUGUAUAAUACAUUGUAUUAAUUUUAUGAAAAGGUCUGAAUUUGUUACUGUAAUAUGUCUGCAAUGUAAAAAAAAUGCAAGGUCCACUGCAACUCUUACUUUUGUCAUUCAAGUCGGAACUCAAAUUAGAGCAAAUACCUCUGCAUGCUUUUAUAAUUGUAUUUUAAACAUGUCUGUGUGUUCAAAUCAAAUGAAGUUAAUUGUCUUUUAAUAAAGUGUCUCUGUUGCACUAUG